AAGCUCUGGUGCUUCGUCCCCCACUUUUGCUUUCGUGAGUGGGCUUUUUUGAGCUUGUUUUUUAGUGUUCGAUUCAGCUGUAUAUCUCCUUUCUGAAGAUCUUAGGGUUUCGUAUGUUGUCCUUCUACAGUUUUGUGAGACAAUUCAGUGGCGGUGUAGUUGUAAGUUGAGUGUCUUGUGUAGAAUUGUUUGUUCGAGAGGUUCAGAAUCCAGGGGUUUAGCUGCGUUUGAAGAUUUGCUAAGGUGGGGUGUGGCUGCAAGGCGUCUAUCUUCUGUUCCUUUGUAGCGUGGGUUCAGCUACAGUCUCUAGAAGUUGAGGUUGAUUGUUGGGGUGUAGUUGAUUUUGAGACAGAGGUGAGGAAGUGUUUUGGGGUUCACGUGAAAUACCAUGCCUCAUCCUCACCAAGUGCUAGCUCUGCAGCAAUGUAGUCCUACAAGCCUGUGGCAAGCGGCUUCUACAAGCUGCGGCCAUAGUGUAAGUGCUAGAGCGCAGGCUUCACCCUGUACAAGCAUGCCUGCCUUGCAAUUGGCUUCUUCAUCGACAUUUCGAACGCGUGGUUUUAACCCACUAUUGGGAGGGUUUAGGGUUUCACUUCGCAAUGCUGACCAACCGUGCCGCAGCAUCUCAAAUUCGCAAACUGGUCGGAAUAUGGAGGAACUAGAUGAUUCAGAAAUUGAUCAGCUAGGAGACGUAGACCUCGAUGCCUUGUUUGAAGAGUAUGGAGAAACUGUCCGGGACAAUGAGGAGUCGAACAGUAUUACUUCAGAGGUCGACGAGGAUUCUGACAGUCUGGCUUUUGCGGUGGCCUUGGCUGAGGCUGCCAACGAUGUGAAGGGCAGUGAAAUCCAGGUUUUGUGUGUGAAGCCGCUUAUCUACUGGGCCCGUUUCUUCGUUGUUGUUACCGCCUUCUCCAAACCCCAGAUUGAUGCAGUGGGAAAGAGGAUGCGGGAUAUAGCUGAAGCGAAGUUCAACCGCUUUCCUAAAGGCGAUUCCAAGCCAAACUCGUGGACUUUGCUAGAUUUUGGCGAUGUCGUGGUCCAUAUUUUCCUGCCAAAGGAAAGGGAGUACUACAACCUGGAGGAGUUUUAUGGGAAUGCUACCCUUGUCAAGCUUCCUUUCGAAAACCGUUCUGUACAAUGAUAGACCACGAACCUCUUAGGACAACCUCCUGUAUCAGGCUGAAAGGCCAUUUAGAUAGCUGUUACUCACAGAAAGUUACAAUUGAGAAGCAGCAACCAUUGUUUACAGCAUCACAGUAUGCUCCUCUCACCCGCAGAUUUUCUUUGCCUGGACUGGGUGUAGACAGCAGAGUAUCAUUAUGUACGGCUCUUUUGUCAGCCGGUUCAUUAAGAAGAAAUAGCAAUGCGCUUUGCUUCGUCUUUA